UAUCGCCGAUCAGAGCAACUGAUUUGUCAAUCUGUCCAUCCAAAGCCAUGCCGGGAGAUUCAGAGGUUGGUUUCGACGGCUACUAUGUUUCCAGAGCUCAUGAUGAUGUUGAAGUUCCACAGGAUUUGGAGACCGGUCUUUCUGGCUCUGUCCCUGCACCUGAAGACGGCAACUCUGAAGCUCAUGAUCGCCGGGAUGAUCUUUCUCCCACGUUUACAAAUGAUCAGUCCGAAUCAGCAAAAGCAACCUCAGUUACUGGCGGCUUUGGGAUUGGAUUGGACGAACUCGUCCAAGUGGUCGGAGGAGUUCAUCGCCUUGAAGCUUUAAACCAACAUAAUGGGGUUGGAGGAUUAUCAUCUCUGCUCAAGAGUGACCUGAAAAAGGGAAUUGAUCGGCGCGACGAUGAGAUACUCAAGCGUAGGCAGGCAUUUGGGUCGAACACUUACCCUUGCAAAAAGGGAAACACUUUCUGGAGCUUUCUCUGGAAAGCUAGCCAGUUUCCUCCUUCUCUGUUUAUCAUCAUUGCUGCUGUAAUGAAUUAUCUGCUGCGAAUGAAAGGAAAGGCUAUCCACGAUGGAUUGUAUGUCGAAGCUUGCGUCAUUUUGGCCACUGCCCUUGGCAUCGUUGUUAAAGCUAUCACCGAGUUCAAGCAGUCUCGUCAGUUUAAAAAAUUUAGUGAGGAGAAGAGAAACGUACCCCUAGAUGUUAUUAGAGGUGGAAGAAGACUCUCGGUUUCUACUUAUGAUAUUGUUGUCGGCGAUAUUGUACCCCUCAAGAACGGUUGUCAGGUACCUGCAGAUGGUGUCCUGUGUGUUGCAAACUCAUUGAAGAUUGACGAGCAAGAAAUAACCGGCUCACACGUAACUGUUCAAAAAGAUCUUAUAAACGAUCCAUUUCUAUUAUCUGGUUCGAAAGUGCUAGAGGGCAUAGGUACAAUGCUGGUUACAAGUGUUGGAAUAAACACUGAAUGGGGGUUGAAGAUGGAGAACCAACAUGAGACUGAUGAAGAAAAGCCCUUUCAGGUGUACGUAAAAUGGCUUGCUACUUCUGCUAGCUGGUUAGUCGUUUCGUUCGCUUCAGUUGCCUGUAUUGUUCAGUUGUGCCGAUACUUUUAUGGCCAGACCAAAAAAUCAGAUGGAACUCCAAUGUUUAUUCUCGGAAAUACCACUAUCGAUGAAGCAACAGAAUUUGUGAUCACAUCCCUGAGUUUUGGGAUCGCGACAAUAAUAGUGGCAGUGCCUGUUGGACUUUCUAUAGCUGUUCUCUUGAACCUUGCAAAUACAACGAGAAAAAUGAUGGCAGACAACGCUAUGGUUCAAAGACACUCUGCAUGUGAAAGAAUGGGAUCUGUUACACAUGUAUUGUGUCAUAAAACUGGAAUUUUAACUUCUAAUCAGAUGUCGGUGGUUGAUGUCUGGGCUGGAGGAAUAAGAAUGCAAGAUAGGAAUGAUGAUUCAUAUGAUAUGGAUAACGUUUCACAGUUGCCCUCGAUUCUUAAAGAACUAAUCGUAGAAGGCAUUGCCCAUAACACAAAUGGCAGUGUUGUUUUUGAGACGGGAGUCACUGAACCAAAGCUUUAUGGAUCGUCAACAGAACAAGCCAUUCUUAGCUGGGGGAAUAAGUUGGGAAUGAAAUUUGACGAGGCUAGGUCAGCAUCAUUACCUUAUCCUAUACCAUUCAAUCCAAACAAGAAAUAUGGAGGCGUGGCACUACAGCUUGGUACACGAGCCCACGUACAUUGGAAAGGAUCUGCAAAGGUUAUUCUUAAUUCAUGCAAAUGGUAUAUGGAUGGGGCCAACAACCGCAUAGCUAUAGAUGAACAGAAAGGGGAGAUUGAAGGAAUAAUUAGAGACAUGUGUAUGGGAGGACUGCGUUGUGCUGCACUUGCGUAUCAAUCCUAUGAACAGGGAAGUCUUCCAACCACUGAGGAGGAACGUUCUAAACUACCUCAGGACCUUGUUUUGUUGGCUAUAAUUGGUAUAAAGGAUUCCGUCCGGCCAGGCACAAGAAAUGCGAUCCAAAUGUGCAAUUCUGGAGGUGUUAAGGUCCGCAUGGUGACGGAGGAUGAUAUUUUGACUGCACAAGCAAUAGCAAAUGAUUGUGGGAUACUGGAAGACUCAUCUAACACUAAUAUAAUGACAGGAGCUCAAUUUCGUGAUCUUUCUGAUCAUGACAGAGAGCAGAUCGCCCCAAAGAUCUCAGUUUUGGCUCAAGCCUCUCCCACAGACAGCCUUCUGUUUGUCAAAACACUGCAGGAAAAGGGGUAUGUUGUUGCAGCCACUGGGAUGGGAAUACAUGAUACAAAGACUUUACGCGCGGCGGAUGUUAGCCUUGCAAUGGGAAUAGGGGGGACAGCAGCAGCAAAAGAGAAUUCCGAUAUCAUUAUAUUGGAUGAUAAUUUCGUCACAGUUCUCAAGGUUAUCCAAUGGUGUAGAUCACUAUACACCAAUAUCCAGAGAUAUGUCCUAUUCAGGCUCACUGUCAGUGUAUCAACCGUGGCUAUCUGUGUGGUUGAGGUUGUAUUUUAUGAUGCAUUUCCACUUCAUGCCGUGAAGCUUCUGUUGCUUAAUCUUAUCAUCGACAUUGUUGGAGCACUAGCGUUGGCAUACAGACCAACAGCUCGCCACCUAAUGGAAAAGCCACCAAUUAGUAUAAGAGACCCUCUUAUAACCAAGGCGAUGUGGUCCAAGUUGGUGAUACAGGUGAUUUACGUUGUGCAGACUCUGGCGUUCUUAGGUUCCGAUAGUAUACUGACGCUGAAGCAUGGUCACACCGGUGAUGCUGAAAAAGUGAAGAACACAUUUAAAUUCAAUUCCUUGGUAUUCUGUUUGGUAUUUAAUGAGUUUGAAAUCCGAAAUGGAGACCAAAUCUUCAGAGAAAUCCUUAGGGAUAACAUGUUUCUCAUUACAAUGAUGUCAACUAUCAUAGUUCAGAUAAUUGCAAUAGAGUUGCUUGGCAUUUUCAAUCCUGCCGUUAGGCUUGGCUUGAUAAAAUGGCGUACGUCCAUUCUCCAGGGGUUUAUCAGCCAAUUUGCCACUCGCUUCCCUUUCGAAGUCUUUCAUUACUACCGUAACUAAGUUUUGUCUUAAUCCAUAUUGGCGCCAAUUACUGUCAAUUUAUUAAUUUGAAGCAUCCCGCUAGCCUUGCCCGCUUUGGAGUUUGCAGGCUGUGCUCUGUUGUGAGUGCGCGAGAGAUGAUUCUUUCAUUUGUAACUAAUUAUCCCAGCUUGUAUAUGUUUUUUUAAUUUUGUUAAAAAGUGUAGGUUAUAUUUGGAUUAAUACAAUACUCCUUUUUUUUUUUAA